GUUUUAACCUUCUAAGCGAGUAUUCGCUAAGUUUUUUUCGUUCUGGAUCUUGGACUUUGGAUCUCGGGUUUUUCUAAAAGCAAUAUUUGUUGCGGAUUUAAAUUUUUUGACCCAGAUUUUCGAAAAGUACUUUAUAAUAAUAUUAUAACUACCCAUCAGAUAUCUGAAAUGAUAUUUAUUAUGUCACAAGACAACGAGUGUGCUUAUAUGAGUCAAUACAUUAUAAAUGAGAUAAUUGCCAAAUACAACAUUUCAAAGCACCAGUUGGCAUAAACAACCUUACAGCAGAGGAUCAUAUACUGCAAUGGCAGUCGGAGCUUGUCAACUGGAUAUAGAAAAUUUAGCUCAACCCUUGUAUGCUAAUCCUAAACACGCCUUGCCUGUGUUACUUUUUGCUGGAGAACAUACUCAUAGUAAUUUUUAUUCAACGGUACAUGGGGCCUAUUUAAGUGGUCGAAGUGCUGCUCCAAUGCUUAUAUCCUCACAUAAGCCUCAAGAGCUAGUGAUGGAAUGUAGUGAAACAAAUGAUCUAAGUUCCUGGAUACAAGGAAUUUCAUUAGAAGAUCCAUAAUGAAAUUUAGAAAUAAAUAUUUUUUGAACAAGAAGGAAAAAUAAAAUUUGUGCACGCUUAGAAACAUUUAUAAAUGUACACGUGGGAAGAUAUAUAUAUGUAUGUGUCUCUAUGUAUAUGAAUAAAAGGUAAGGUUACCAUUUCAAAUUUUG